GAAGAUCAGAAUGAACAGAUGGUCUCUUGAUUAAGUUUGAUACUGACGCAUGCAGGAAGCGUUUUCCAGUCAGCAGUGCUGUAGUAGUACAUGAAGCGGAGGGAGGGACACAUGUUUUCCUGAAGAAAUCCAGGCCUUGCAAAUGAUAAAGAUGAUAACAAGGAGGAUGCAACUGAAAACUGAGACACUCUUUUGCGUUUGAUGGCUCGCAGAUGGCAGAACAUUAAGUGAAGUGUCAUACUAAAUCCAGGUAUCCUCUUAAUUAAGAUCUACCAGUUUGAGGCAGAGCAAUUACUAUGGAAAAUGCAAGCAUGUCUUGCACAAGAGAAAUCUGUGUGGAGCUUAUCUACAGGAAUAAAGUAAAGUGGAAACCAGGGGCUCUUCUGCUUGUGUGUGUGUGGCUCCUGUGCUCACAGUCAGUGUCCAGCAGCAACCAAAGCUCUCGAGGCCAAACCGGUCGGUCUGAAGUUAAGCCGGGAACCUGUGAAGUGGUGGCAGCUCAUCGUUGCUGUAAUAAGAAUAAAAUAGAGGAGAGAUCUCAGACGGUCAAGUGCUCAUGUCUCCCUGGACAUGUUGCUGGGACCACCCAUGCCCAACCUUCAUGUGUUGAUGCGUCUAUCGUGCGGAUGAAGUGGUGGUGUCAAAUGGAGCCAUGCUUAAAUGGUGAAGAGUGUAAUGUGUUGCCUGACCUCACCGGCUGGUCCUGCAGCUCUGGUAACAAAAUCAAAACUACCAAGGUCACGCGGUAAAGCAACACUUCUGUGGACAUGUGAUGACAACUCAUAAUUUCACGCGAGCAUAUUUUAAAAUCAGACCUGCAAAUGUCAACAAAAAUGCACGCUCGAGCAGAAACAUGCAAACUGUGAACUAAGACUGUGAAAAGAGUUAAAACGAUGCAAGGCUUUGACGUCACAAAAUAUUUCUAAAUAUUUUUUUUUUUACUUUA